AUGGAGGACCUCAUUGCUGUACUCACGAGCUGGUCUGUGCAAUUUAUUGCAGCACUGGUUUUCCUGUACGUCCUGCUGAAGGUUUUCAAGAGAGUAAGAUAUGCAGGCGGGAAACGACCUCCUGGGCCCCCAUCGUUGCCAUUAAUUGGCCAUUUCCAUCACCUUUUAUUCGGGUUGCCACACCACUCCAGCGCCAAAAUCGCUGAAAAAUAUGGACUCAUAGUGUGGCUGGAACUGGGAGCUGUACGUGUUGUGGUUGUAACUUAUUCAGAUAUCGCCAGAGAGGUUUUGAAGACUCAAGAUCACAUAUUUGCAUCUCGCCGUCCGUUGAUUAUGGCAGACAUGGUGUUCAAGAGAGGUCAGAAUCUAGGAUUGAGUCCUUGGGAUGACCACUUUCGUCUCUUUCGGAAAAUUUUUACCACAGAACUUCUUUCACAAAAUCGGAUCGACUCAUCUAAGGAUUUUAGGCGACAGAUGACUCUCAGAACUUUGCGGACUGCAUUCGAGGAGGGUCAUGGGAAUCGUUACAUAAAUUUAGCUGAUUUAUCGCACAACCAGUUUUUAUAUUUGACUACUCGAAUGUUAUUUCGAACGGAUGGACAUGCUCAGAACAAGGACCUUCUGGAAAUAACCCAUGAUUUCAUAAGUGCAGGAGGGCUCGUAAUAGAAGAUUUCUUCCCUUUGCUUAAAUCACUUGAUCUGAGCGGACAAGUUAGAAGACUGAAAAAUAUUGGUGAAAGAUAUUUCAAAAUUAUGGAUUCCAUCAUCGACAACCGCCUGAAGGAAAACUCCAACUCGAAGUCGAAUACUGAAGAAGACUUCUUGGACGUGCUGUUAGCUACGAGCACUUUUUCACGUGUUCAAGUCCAACUACUUCUUCUGGGCAUCAUCGUUGGUGGAACUGAUACCAGCGCUGAUUCGAUUGUUUGGGCAAUCACUGAGCUUCUGUGGCAUCCCAACAUUAUGGAAAGACUUCAAAGAGAGCUCGACGAUGUGAUCGGUAAAGAAAGGCUGGUUGAAAAAGCAGACCUCAACAACCUGGAGUAUCUGCAGGCAGUGGUGAAGGAAACACUACGGCUGCACCCAGUCGCUGGUUUGGGAGUUCCUCAUUAUUCGACAGAGGCAACGAAAGUAGCAGGACACAAUAUCCCUGCCAACACCUGGGUUAUACUGAACAUUUAUGCCAUUGGCAGAGAUCCUCAGGAUUGGGAAAAUCCUCUGAAGUUUGAUACUUCAAGAUUCUUAAACAGCCCUGUAGAUGUGCGAGGGCACCAUUACGAGGUUCUGCCAUUCGGUGCUGGGAGAAGGAGGUGUGUGGGCAUGAACUUGGCGCUCGUCUGUGUGGCAUACAUCGCGCAGCUGAUUCAUGCGUGUACAAUCUCCCUGCCCGAAGGCUUGACUCAUCUGGACGUAGAUGUCGAAGAGAAGUUCACACUCACCGUAGCGAGGCGGGAUCCUCUGAAUCUACUCAUGAAGAGGCGACUGCCUUUGGACGUCUACCGUAAGGCAGGAUUGCAAUUUUCUGACGUGUAA